AUGGCUUGUGGGAGCUGCAGCAUGAUUGGCAGGGUCAAGGCCCGCUGCUUUUGCGUGGUCCAUCCCGAAUCUGAGCAGUGUCCAGAGAUCAGCUUCAGCCAAACUUCAGUCCGGAUGAAGCUGCCUGGAAUAGGUGAGGAGUCGGAGACAACGCAAGAGCGACAGGCGGAGGAUGUCCUUCGAGACUUCGCUUUCGACCGAGUCUUCCAGCACCAGAACCAAGCCCGGAUCUUCCAGGAGGUUGCACAGGUGGCUGUCCAGGAGGCGCUGGAGCACGCGAGCAGCUGCUGCUUUCUGGCGCUGGGUGCCAGCGGCUCUGGGAAGACGUUCGCGCUGACCGGGGGACCACGGCGCUUCGAGGAUCGAGGCCUCGUCCCACGCUCGAUUUCAGCCCUCUUCGAGAUGCUCAGCGCGCGCCCGAACCGCACGGACUACCGGGUCCAGGUCUCCUUCUUUGAGCUUUACCGGGACAGCAUCAUUGACUUGCUCUGCGCAAGCAAGCGGCCUGUCAGGUUGUCAGAAGGCAGUGAUGGGGCACAGCUGGUGGGACUUCUGCGUCAGUGUGUGAAGACCGAGAGCGAGGCCUACAACCUCCUUUUCGAAGGUGAUUCACGUCGACACUUUGAGAGGCUGCCAGCCAACCCAGAGACUUCAAGAGGACACGUCUUCUUCCAGCUUCAUAUUUCACAAGUUUCACAAAGUGGUCGAGAUGGUCGAGAUGGUCGAGAUGGUCGAGAUGCCAACGAGGCCAUCUUGGCCUUUGUGGAUGUGGCUGCUCCUGCAGGUUUGCAAAAUCACGCGACCGAGAGCAUCGCCAGAAGCCUUCAAGAGCUGCGAUCUACCGCACGGUCAGUAUGUGCCGGACUCCCGAGGGACACGCCACUCGGGCCUCUCACCCAACUACUCCUUCCCUGGCUGCAGCCCCGGCAGCCCAAGGCAUUGCCGGAGGCACCGGCGCUUGUGACUUUGCUGCCUCUCAAGUGGCAAAAGGAGCGGGACAGCGAGAUCUACGACUUUCUCCAGCUCGUGCGCAUUAUUCACCAGGCUGCGAAGACGCGACCACAGCCGCGGAAUGGAGCCGGGCCUCCCAUCCCUCGCGGCCGUGAAUCCGAAGCUUCAGAGGCUGAAGCGACAGGGACAGCGAUCGAGGUCGAGACCGCAGCCUCUCCCAUUGUCGAUGCCCUGGCCUGGUCACCAUGGUCCGCUGUUGUGGUUCACAGCCACGAUCCCGAAGUCGGGGAAGCUCGGGAAGCUCGGGAAGCUCCAGAGGCCGAUCGCUGCGAGGGCGAAGCGGCUCGGCCUGUGCCAAUCAAGUCGGUCCUGUCAGCACGCGAUUUGCGAGACAAAGAGGAUGCCUGUGCCGGGCCCGCCAUGCCGACACUUCAAGCCUUUCAAGCAAUUCAGGCGAUUCCAACUCCGCUUCGCUGCCGUGCCCAGCACCCAGCUGGCCCAGCGCCACCAGGACCAUCAGAGCCGGGAGUUCGCGCUCAGCCUGCCAUCUCUAGUGCAGGCAGGAUCCAGAGUCCUGAGAACGCAGCUCCGAUCCGGAGGCCGUCAGCCAUCGGCAAUCUGUCCGGUCUCUCUCUGUCCAGCACCCAUGGCUCGCAAAUGGCACCUCCGGCAGCGCAUUUUAGCACCGAUGCGAGACAGGUGCCCAGACAUUCGCUGCCUGGUCUCGAGCAGAGGCACAAUCCAGCUGCGGUUCCCUACAGGCCCCAUUCGCGAUCUCCAAGUCCAUGGCGGGAGAAUCAGGGCAUGCUCGGAGGCAUGGGCAGCAUCGGCAGCAUCGGCAGCAUCAGCCCCUUCCCUCCUGCGAUGCAUCCAGCCAGGCCUCGGAGUUGCGACAUGCGGCAACCAGCCUCUGGCGGGCCCUGCGGGCCCUGCGGGCCCUGCGAGCCCUGCGGGUGCGGGCCCUGGCCCGGUCCAUCGCCUUUCUGGCGGGCAUGGCCCGAAGCACGGCCGAACACUCCGAACACUGUGAGACCCGUUCCGACAGUCCUGCCGAACCUGUGCCCUGGCAUAAACCAGGUUCCAGCUGGAGUCGUGCCACUUCCGCUAGCACUCCAUCCACGUCAUUCGCAAGUCGCUGUGCCAUCGUAUUCACCGGUGCCGAUCCCACCGUGGAACUCGUGGGCGGCCGAGCGCAGUCGCAGCAGCUCCCCGUGCCGCUGUCCUGGCGUGUGCAGUGUUGGAACAACAGGGCCGCUUCCCAGGACCAACAUGCCGGUCGGCCCUCCGAUGACCUUAUCUUGGAUCCCAGCAGGCAGGCUGGUGAACUGA